GGGUGAUUGUGCUGGUACAGUAACCACCGUACACAGUGGGAGCCGAGCGCAGGAUGCCAGCCGGGCCAGGGGCCACUCACACUGCAUGAGGGUCACAGCGGGGGCCAUGAACCUGGGGGACGGUCUGAAGCUUGAAACUCAUAUUUCUGGGGGAAAAACAAGGCUCAUUUUGGCCACAUAUGAUGUUGAAGGAAAGAGCUCUAAACAGACGGUUUACAAACCCAGGGCACAAAAAGCUGCGGUGAGAACUAAACCAGCCGGGCAGGUCCUCAAAUCUGUUCAGAGUAACAAUGUGAAGACAGAGGAACCAAGCCGGAAAGGCAGACCCGAGACGGGACGCGCGCCCCCUGCUAAGCCUUCCGCCAACUUGUUAAAGGAACUAGAGAACGAGCGUCCGUCCGCCGGAGUCCAGCAGAAUGGCAAACAAGAAGCCGAGAAAUCUAAAGCCGCCCCUAAAAAGCCCCCAGCGCUUACAUCGAAGCAGAAACCUCAACAGAAGAAAACCAUUUCCGCCGAGGAGCUGAGAGAGAGCCUGGUCUGUCUCACCCAAGAGCAGUUCCAGCAGAUUUUGCAGACCAUAAACAAGGGAAAGAAAGCCGUCUCCCAGGAUCCUGCCGGUGACAGAGACCCUGAUGGUGAAGAGACAGAGCAGGAGAGCGCUGAAGGACUCCUGAGGACCGACGAGCAUUCAGCGUUAUCCGGCAGCCAGGAUCAGCCUCCUGAGCAGACCGCAGACAUCGUGCAGAAUGUCAGACCGCAGGAUGAUCUGUUCAGCAGACUGGGGGAGCGGGAGAGAGACAAGAGUCUACAGGAGGCAAAGAAAGCCCAGUGGAGGAGGGAACUUGAUGAACAAGUUGCUUUAAAGAAACAAAUGAAGGAAUCUACUUCGGAGCGGCUAAGAUUCAGGCACCGUGAAAAUUCAACAUCGGAGAAGCAGCAGUUACCAGACCAGCCUAAAGAUCUCCAUGCCAAUGACUAUGGCUCCCCGUCACAAGAUGAGACGUUGCCCAAAACAUCCACCACUGACUCCUCGCCCAGCGACUGGAGAGCUCCCAGUCCCAGAGCUUCCAGCUUUAGUUCCCCCGACCUUCCAGCCGCCAUACGGAGCUCUUUUGUUCUAGGGGAAGCGGCUCCGUUGGAUCACCCGUUCAGUGCAGUCAAACGGAAUCAGCAAAAGAAAUGGCUCGAGGAACUAAACAAGCAAAGAGAGGAAGCUCUUCAGCGCAAAAUGCAAGAGAAGCAAAGGUUCAUGGAGACUGAAGAACCAGAUCGAUGGGCCAUGCAUUUCGAUUCCUUCAAGAAGCAAAGUGACCAUCCGACCCGCGUAGACCAUCAUCCAGAGAUCUCGCCAAACGCCCACCUUUUACUGUCUCCAGAAGUGACCGUCCCCGUGCCGCUGGAGAUAACGCCAUCCCCUGCUCUCAGCUGUCAGUACCGGGGAGAAUCAGAAAUGCGGAAAUCGACAGACGAAGGUCACGGUCAGGAUCAUAAAACUGGCUUUCUACGUACCAUGACCUCUCUCCUGGAUCCUGUGCAGAUAGAGGAAAGAGACCGAAAAAGGCUAAAGCAGAUCGAACACCAGAAAGCCAUCGCAGCUCAAGUGGAAGAAAAACGGAAGCUAAAACAGUUAGAAGAAGAGAAGAGGCGUCAAGAAGAACAAGAGGAAGAGCAGAGGCUAGAACGAGAGAGGGAGAAAAUGAGAAAACAGUUUGAAGACGACUCUCUUCGACAGAAGCAGAAAGAAGAAGUUUUGAAAAUGAAGACAACUGAACUGUACCAGAGUAUGCUGCGGGCUCAAGAAGAGGCGCAGCGACUUAAACAAGAGCAUAGGAUGCGGGAUUUGCUUCAGAGAGGACACAACGUCUCCAAAUUGCAGAGGACCCUUCCUGGAGAUGUUGAAACUGAUCUCAGUAGGGCCAAUAGCCAGAUGGCCACUAAGCCACCAGAAGACCACAAAAGUGGAACAACUACAGACAUGAAGCAGAGUUUGACAAUAGUUUCUCCACGGAAAGACACCGGGGUACAAACAGAUUUCAUUGAUUCUGGAAUAAUCCCAAAUUCAUCAACUCGUGGAAAAGAAACUGAGUGGAGGAACACGCAAAGUUCAUCUCCCGACAUUCCUGUCGAAUUUAAAAAACAGCCAAAGACAGAAAUUCAAAUGAAAAAUCAUAAAUCUUUGAAAGAAAAGAGCGAUUCUCAGAAGGAAAACAAACAUACAGUUUCUAAUACCUAUGACCAGUUUGCAAGAACCGCUAAGGAAACGAAGGAAAAUUUUAGGAAACCGGACUGGAAUAAAAAAAAUCCUAACAAAAAAUAUGUACCAGCUUCCGAAAGGUACCCGAGAGGACUUCAGAAGCAGAGGGAGGAGAGCAAGAGCCGGAGGCAAAUGGAGCUUCUUCAGCUGGUAGAGAAAAACACAGCGAAUACCCCACAGCUGAAGAAAGGGAGCUUUCCAGAAAAAUCACCAACACCCCAUGAAGCUUCAAAGGUUCCUCCACCCGUUCAAGAGAAGAAAGGACGCCAGUUGUGGAAGAAGGAAGAACAAUAUCCGAAACCUGAGCCAACCUUUAAAAGAUCAGACUCUCCGCCAGUCCCUGCCGUGAGAAACCGAUUACAGCAGAAUCAGUGGAGACCGGCUGCUAACUUGGCCAAACACGUUUACAAUGGAAACGCCGUCCACGGAGGCUCCAACCCCACUCCGCAGCACGAGGUCUCCCCGGAAAGCAGCGAACAGGAAUCUGAGCGACCCCCUUCGUCCCACUUCAUCCCGUACGUGCGAACUAAAGAAAUCUACUAUCUGGAUCCGGAUGCCCCAAUGUCAAGACCUUCAACACAGGACCCGCAGUACAGACGGCCCGGCGACAAUCAGGACACGCGGCAGAUAUUCAGCUCGGACCAUGCGCGGGAUCCUCUACUGAAUCCGAGCGUUUUGAAAAACAAGGACAGACAGCAGGCGAUUCUGAAGGGAUUAUCCGAGUUAAGAAAGGGCUUGCUGCAGAAACAGAAAGAACUGGAGACGGGUUUAAUGCCGGAUGUUUAAAGGAAUUAAAAAUGAAUCUUGUUUGACAAAUUGCUGUGUUUUAUAUGUUGUGUUUGUUUGUGACUUAAUACUACGUCAGCGUUAAGUCCAUUGUGAAUUUCAUGUGGUUGAUGCUGUGAAAGAUGUAUUUAUUGGGUGUCUUAUAGCAUUGUGUAUAUUUUAUAGAAUUUAAAUGUUGCUUUUUGAUGAAUAAAUAUUUUUUAAAUA